CGAAAUUCAGUCAAACAAAUACUUUUCGCCGAUUGGGUUCGCGUCCAAGGCUCUUUCACUGCAUAAUAUCUUGCAAGUGACGGUUUCUUCUUAUGUGAGCAAUGUACGAUGUUUUCUGGAUCAUGAUGUGCCACCGAAAAUUGAAGAUCUUCUUGGCUUCAUUCAAAUAACAACCAUCGUUUGUGUGGAUAGAAUGCUGUUUGAUGACGCAGAUUAUAUUGUUCAAUUUGUUGUGGACAAAGUCGAUGAAGUUCUAGCACAGCUAGAGGCUAUAAAAUCCACACAGAAAGAACGUCAAAAGCUGAAACCCAAGGUAAGUGGUGUCAAAGUAUCAAAGAAGCAACCAAAUCGUCUGUAUAUGUAUGGCUUCCCGAAGAUUACCUCGAAACCAGUUCCAAAAUCCCUUCAUCCACUUCAACGAAAAAACAAAGACGAACAAAUACCAAAAACCGUAUCGCGUUGCGGCGGCAUCGGCGCUUUCAAUAGAGGAGAUCAGCAAAGUCAACCGCAAACCGUUACACGUAGCUAUGACAUAAUGUUCCAAAAACAUAUGACGCGUCAAAAACGACAACGACGACGACCGGCAUUCGGGAGUAAAGACAAAAUAAUGGAUGCAAAGUGUGAGCGAAAUGACAACAACACGGAGUUUGGCGUCAACCAACCAACUGUCUCUCAGCGUGUUCGUUCUGUUGUUGAUUCUACAAAUAGAACUGCCUCCGGAUUAUGGGUCGAAAAGGAAUUAUUCAAAUCGAAAAACACGAAAUAUUCGCAAAUCAUAUCAACGAAGGACGUUGAUGUACAUGUGAAUCUGAAUGAAAAAUCGGAGACAGAUACGAAUCAACCGAUUAAUGAAUCAAUGAUGCGAAUGCAGAAGUCACAAAUUCGAGAUAAAUUAAACAAAUGUCAGCCGAAAGAGAAAAGAAUAAAUCUUUUCCCACCUCACAAGACGCUCGGAUCAAAGAAACUGUUAUCGAGGAUUUCCGAAGAAUUGGACGCCGCACCGGUUGAACGAUUUCAUAAAAAUUUGGACUUUGGCGAACGAAUGUUCAUUGAAAAAUUCAUAGCGUUAGAAAUAAGCAUUUAAAUUUAUACAUGGAACUCAUACAUGUAUGACUUAUCACUUAUGUGUAUAUAAGUAUACGAAAGAC